GGUUCCUCCAUGCAAGAGUGCCAACCCAUCUAAUGGUGCCUGAUGAAGAGGAAAGUAUUUCCCCGUCUUCGCCCCGGAGGUCCAGGGGGCCCAAUCUCCGUAAUACGGACAUAUUCCUCGCUCGCUGAGCAAUUACACCAGACAGUGACAUCACGGCGGCUCCCCUUGGUCUUUGAUUAUUUACAUACACAGCCAUCCUACCUUCUGGACCAAACAAUAAAUAAUCUGUUCAGGAUCUCGCCAUCAGUUUCAGACAAUGCCGCCAGUCUUCCGUCCAUCACGGCGCGACCCCGCAUGCCGGAAGGACACCACAUAGUUUACUUUCCUCCUCAGGUGUCUCUUUCAGAAUUGCUUCCCGAUGGCACAGAUACGCUACACUAUCCUGGCGAGCCAUUCACCAGGCGUUUGUGGGCUGGUGGAAGCGUCAAUUUUGUCACAGGGGGGCCUGUGCUCGAUGGCAGUCGAGCUGUCUGUAUCGAAACAAAUCGCGACGUUACUUUGAAAGGCAAGGGAGAGGAAGAGAAGGUCAUCGUGCGAAUAGAGAGGAGAAUCGGGAGAGUCUCAGAGGGAGAGGGUAUCGAAGACGUGAGAGCACGCAUGAUGGAAGAGGAUGAGGAGAAGCCUGGAGAUUGUUCGAUCAUCGAGAAUCGACACCUGAUCUUCAUGCGGGGGAAGUCCGAAGAACAGUUGAAGUUCGAUCAACAAAACUUUGGGCGGAACAAGAGAAUACUCAAACCUCCCCAGGCUCCUGAAUUCCGCCAUCGGAUCAAGCCCAACGAAGCUUUGCUGUUUCGCUUUUCGGCACUAACAUUCAACGCCCAUUCAAUUCACCUCGAUAAAACGUACACCAAAAGUGUGGAAGGCUACCGAAACCUUCUUGUACACGGUCCGCUAACUUUGGUGUUGAUGCUCACGGCCGUUCGCACCCAACUUGUCGGGUGCAGUCGAAUCAUCAAUCAAAUUGACUAUAGAAACAUCUCCCCGCUGCAUGUUGGAGAAGAACUGACGGUUUGUGGGAAGCGCAAACCUGGAAGGGACGAUGGAGCCUGGGAGGUGUGGAUUGAGGAUAGGGAAGGCAGCCUCGCCGUUCGAGGAACUGUCCGAACGCGUGGGUUAUGAAAGGCAGUCCCUCCUUUGGGUACCAGCCUCUUCAAUGGUGUUGGCUGGUGCGUGGUGACCAUGUGGUUUGAGGCCUACUUCUGUAUAACUAGGGGAUAUAUAUCGAACUCAUGCCUACCUCGAUACCUUCUGCCUUUGAUCGUGUACCUAUCCAUGUCGAUUUUCAUGUAUUUCUCAACAUGACAC